AUGGGUGUCGCCAACGAGCUGCCCCCAACUGGUGGCUCAGAAGGCGGGGGCGCCAUGCUGGGGCGCAUCCACUUUGUAACGCGCGUCCAUCCCCUGGGCACCCACGGCCAAAGGAACCUCCUGGCAGCAGCCUUUGCAAUCACAGGCUCCAAGCUCAUCGUCCAGAUCUUCGACAGGCUGGAGGCUGCCGCCAUCAUUGACAGGAAUUUGAGCCGCAAGCUGGUGCACACGUUGGCAGGGCCCCUCUUCCUCGUCAGCUGGCCGUUGUUUGCGUCCAAUCCAGAGUCCAAACUCAUUGCCGCUGCCGUGCCAUUCUUGAAUGUUAUACGGUUGACGCUGGUGGGCACCGGCCUAGUGAGGGAUGAGCGGGUCGUGGCGGCCAUGAGCCGUACCGGGGACAAGUCCGAGUUGCUGAGGGGGCCCCUCUUCUACGUCCUCGUCCUGUUUGCUGUCACCCUGGCAUGCUGGCGCAACUCCCCAAUCGUGGCCAUCAUCGCAGCCGUGUCGACGGGGGUGGAGUCGCUGCCCAUAUCCCAGCGGCUGGAUGACAACCUCUCGGUGCCCGCAGUGGCCCUCCUCCUGGGCAGCACACUGUUGCCUUGA